UGCAAAUUAAGAUGGAGUAUAAAUGGUGUGUAGUACUAUUGACAAUAUUGCCAUUUAUAUUAGUGCUUGUGAAUGGCAAGCAAGUAGUCGUAGUAAGUAAACAGAAUGAACCGAAGCCACGCCCAAACCCAGUAAAGAAGGGAUCUUAUAACCGACGGACAAACUGUUUUGGGUGCAACACGAAUAGAAAACAAGAUUGCUGUGUAGAGGGGGCUCUUACUGACUACUUCCAGAACGAACAGUUUGAGAACAUGUUCUCAAACCGUGACUCGGCUGAGGCCCAUGCAAAGGGCUUCUGGGACUACCACUCUUUUAUCACUGCUUCUGCUGAAUACCAGAACUAUGGCUUUGGCACUACCUACGUGAACUUGACCUUUUUUGGAACCAAGGAAGUCGCAGUUUUUCUUGCCCAUGUUGGCACCAAAACCUCCUGUGGAUAUAAAGUGGCCACCAAGGAACCCUUAGCUUGGGGUUUGUGCUAUAACAAGGAAAUAAAUUCCAACUCAUAUGAUUAUUGUGAUGAGCACUACAAAAACAUUUAUCCAUGUGCUCCUGGAGUUGCAUACUAUGGACGAGGUGCCCAGCCUAUUUACUGGAAUUAUAACUAUGGAGAAGUCAGUGAGGAUCUAAAGGUGGAUUUGUUGAACCAUCCGGAAUACAUCGAAGAAAAUGCUACCCUAGCCUUUCAAGUUGCAAUUUGGAGGUGGAUGACACCAACUAAGAAGCAUCAACCUUCAGCUCAUGAAGUCUUUAUUGGCUACUGGAAACCCACCAAAAAUGACACUUUGGUCAAGCAACUUUAUGGUUUUGGUGCUACCAUGAAUAAUGUGCUAUACAGAGAUCUUGUUUACGGUCGGGAUGAUAAUGAAUCCAUGAACAACAUCAUCUCCCAUUACCUAGAUAUUAUGGGUGUUGGCCGGGAAGAAGCAGGACCUCGUGAAGUGCUUAGUUGUGGUGAGCAGGUUUCUCUCAAUCCAUCCUCUUUCUCAUCUCCUUGAGCUUUCUUGAACUAAUCAUUUUCUAAGGUUAUGCAUUAAUUUGGU